AUGCCAAACGUUCUGAUUCUUGGUGGCUCGGGCUAUAUUGGCCUUGCACUUGGAAAAUUGCUUCUUCAAGCAGGCACCCACUCUGUCUGGGGAACUGCCCGAACCCCCGAGAAAGCAAAGCUGCUCCUCUCCAACGAGAUAGUCCCUGUCGAAGACAACAUCACUGACCCGACCAUUCUCAGUGCAUUCAUCAUUGACAAUUCCAUCAACGUCGUUGUUGAUGCUUCCUCGGCUUAUGAAGCCGCAGGCAAGAUCCUCGACGGGGUCAUUAAAGCCGCAACUACCCAACAGGAAGCAUUGGCGAAAGAAAACAUGAUCGGCCCAAAGCUUGGUUUUGUGUACACCUCGGGCGCCUGGGUUCAUGGCUCCCAGAAGACGCGCAUCAACGAUCUUGCCCCGGUUGGAAGCGUCUUGUCCCAGGGUAAACCUGCCACGCCAGUCGCAUGGCGUCCGGCGCACGAACAAGCUAUCCUUGCAUCGCGCGAUAAGCUGGAUGUCGCCAUUUUACGACCUCAUACUAUCUACGGGCGUGGGUCUUGGGUUUGGGGAACCUGGUGGGGUCCCUUGGCAGAAGCGGCCAAGUCGCGUAGUACCUCACCCGUGCAAGUGCCUGUUGAUCGCACAGCUUGCCCUGGAGUUGUUCACGUUGAUGACGUCGCUGCUGGUUAUCAUGCCGCAAUUGAUCGUAUUGACGGUCGGCUGGGCUCGUGGCCAGUUUUUGAUCUGAUUACAGAGACAGUUUCAGUGGUGGAAGUUUUGGAGAAUGUUAAGACGGCGUUGGGGGUGGAUGCUCCGCUUGAGUACACUGGGACCCAUGGAAACCCGUUUUUAGAAGCUUUAAGCUUGGUGAGCAAGUCGGAUGCUUCCCGUGCGAAGACUGUUCUAGGAUGGAAUCCGAAGCGGACAGAGUUCUUGUUAAAUCUGCCCAUCUAUCUGAAGGCCUGGCAGGCAUCGCAGUGA